UUAAAUUAACAAAAAAUAAUCAAGAGAGUGAUAAAUUUAUUACUUACCGUCUCCUGAAAACCGGAGAAGAAAAAACUGUUCAAUUAACAAAUGGAGAAAUCGACCCAGACCAAGGUAAGAUCUCUGACGCUAGUCCCUUAGGCAUUUCCUUAAAAGAUAAAAAGGUGGGAGAAAUUAGCGAAGUCAAAGAAAAUGAGAAGAUGAAGGAAACUUUUGUCUGCUAG